GAACUGACAAUUUGAUCUUUCUGUUUAAUUUCAAGGCUAUGAAUGCAGUCUAAGCGUUUGAAUGUAUUAGUUACUUGGAAAUGCUAUACUGAAGAGCAAGAUUAAACAACAAUCGCAUCAAAAAGUAUGUUCAGAGGGCAGUUAAUCCCAAUAUUAUACAAUAUUCCUUUAGCAUGUUUUGUAGCCAGUGUGCUUUGCCAGAAAAAACUACAUUUCUAUAUUCUUCCACUAUUUUAUCUCCUCCCUUUCCUUGAUACUGUUGCCUUCUCCUCUGAGUUUCCACACAAAGCAGUCACUCUAGAGAUUUAUUUAUUUUGAGGACGAUGUAUACUACUCGUUUGCUGCACAUGAUGAUGAUAUCCAUUUAGUCAUGUCCGACCCUUAGCAAUUAUAUGGGCCAAGUCUCUUCACACCUUCCAAUCUUCCACUACUUCUUUGAGUUAAAAAAUCAUUUAGGGCCUUUUUCUAUUUUAUUGUUGUUAUUAUUGUUAUUAAUUAUUAUUUUAUAAAACGAACAGAAACAACUAUCUGAUUCUAAAAGCAAGGCCGGAUUUGAAAAUCUGAUGUUAUAUUUAAACGCAUUAAUUCUAUAAACAAAAUGCCUCUAGCGGUGGUUCAGAUCUCAGGGCUCCAUCUGCUCCUCGGGCUGAACCGGCAGGACAGGGUCGCUUAGGCGAGAUGCGCUCAAAAGUUUCUCUCCUCAGCCAUUCUGCACGCGCUCCGUGACUCGCGCUCCUUUCUUCUUCGCCUCUUCUUCCCGCGGCUCCAAUUGAAGGCCGGCCCCACCAAACUGCGCUUCUUCCUGACCAUUUUGAAAAGGGAACUUCUCUCCUUUUUCAGCCGCCAAAACAGCCUCCGACCAGCAGGGGCAGCUCGGCUCUUCCGGAAGCCCCGCGACUCAAAUGUUGGCUCUCCCACCGCGGGCGGCGGGCCAAGAACGAGCAACGCCGCGGCUUGGCGGACUGGAAAAAGAGAAGCAUCUUUCUUCGCUCGCUUUCCCUGUCCUGCCGUUCAAUGAAAGGUACUAACGCCGCCAGGAAUUUGGUUGUCUGGAAAAAAAAACGCUCUCUAACUGUAAUGUGAACCUGAAGAUAGCCAAACAUCAAGAAUUCAGAAAAACUAUAAACAGAUAAAAUGAGUGCUUCUGGAGGGAAUUGUGGAAGUCCCAACUCUACAGAACCUGCAUCUGACUGUUUCAAAGAACUGUGGUCCAAACUGAAAGAAUGUCAUGAUAAAGAUGUCAAAGGAUUAUUGUCAAAGAUCUCUAAACUGAAAGCAGAAAGGUGCUUGGAUGCAGCGAGGCUUGAUGAGUUCUAUACAAAAAACCAGCAGCUUAGAGAACAACAAAAAUCAUUGCAUGAUACUAUUACAGUUUUGGAAGAUCGGUUAAGGGCAGGAUUAUGUGAUCGGUGUGCAGUAACUGAAGAGCAUAUGAAGAAGAAACAACAGGAAUUUGAAAAUAUCCGGCAACAGAACCUUAAGUUAAUCACAGAACUGAUAAAUGAAAGAAACAACUUACAGGAUGAAAAUAAAAAGAUUUUAGAACAACUUCAGAAAAUGCAGCAAAAAGUGGAGGAGCAAGAGCAAUAUAUGGAAGAUGUUAUUCCAGGUUCACCAGUUCAGUCACUGUCACUUUCAAUGGUUAAUCGAAUGCGACGAAAACGAGAAAAUAGGCAUGUCCGGUACACAGAACAAAAGCACACAGAUUUGGAAAAGAAAGGAAGAAUCUAUGAACUUGGAAAUAUUACAUUGUCUUCCACUCAAAAGCCUGCUUGGUCUGAAGAAGAAAUAUUGGUGGCUGAUACAUGUGAUCCACAGUUGUCCCCAGAUUCAAGCAAUGAAGUAAAAGAAGAAUGUCCCAAUUCAGUGCAUUUUAAUUUGAAGGCAAUUGUUGCAGAAACACUUGAAUGUGAUGAACAUGAACCUCGCAGCAAAUCACUUGAAGUUACAAGAAAACAAUUGGCUCAAGGGUGUUUUAAAAGUAAUACUGACAAUUUAGAAUUUUCUGACCGAUCUGAGGAUAUUUCUCCAACUACGUGGGAUUCCAAGAUACCUUCUCCUGUUUUUGGGGCAUCUGCCAAUAUUAAAAGUAGCUUAGUUUUCUCCCCAUCUGUUUUAGCAGCCGAGAAAAAAUCAAAUCAAAGCAGCUCCAUCAACAGUUCUUCCCUUUCAAGAUCUGAGAAAGUGAGAUCAAAAUCUGAAGACAUUCGUUUUAUGAGCCAUGGGACUGAAAUAGCAACAGUUCUCAGUCAAGCCCCAGUUGGUAGGCAAGUGGCUUUGAAACAGAAUUCAGAGGAAGCCAUAACAUGUGUAACCAAUACACAUCUGGAUAAAAGUGACAUCAUCAAAGGUGGCUUCCUUCUUGUAUCACAGAAACGGUUAGGGAACAGAUGUUCUAAAAGGAAAAAAAAUGAUGACAAGAGCAACCAUGUAAUCCGCUGUGAAAAAGAAAAUGCUUUUCCGUCCCCUGCAGAUGUUCUUCCUAUUGCCAGAGAUAACACAACUGAUAAACCUUUGGAUCUGUCUGAUCGCUUCUCUGAUUUUCCCUGUGAAAAAAUAAUUGCGGAGAGUUCCAAGAUAAAAAUGAAGCAGGCAACUCUCCAUGAUGUUUUUCAGCCUCUAGUGAAAGAUUCUACAUCUAAAAUCACCACUAGUAAUUCUGUAAUGAACAAAGAUUCACAGGAGCAUCCCUGCAUACAAGAAGCAAUCCUAAAAUCUCUUACCAAAAUGUCCCCAGUGAAAGAGCAUGAAGUAAAAGAAGAAAUUGCUAAUUUGUCUAAUCCAUCUUUGCAAAAUGAUGACAGUAUAGAAGAGGCUGCUGGUGAUCAUGAACUAAUACGCAAGAGAAUAAGAUCGGGACAUGGAAUAGGUGAGCCAGCAUCGGUACUUCAGCCAAAUCCUCGCAAGGUGACAAAAAUCACACAAUUUGAGCAAGAUAAAACAUCUUUGGAAAAUGUGCAGUGGAGUAUAGAUCCAGGAGCUGACCUUUCUCAAUACAAAAUGGACAUUACUCUGAUUGACACAAAAGAAGAAACUCAAACAAGAAUUGGAUCAGAGCCCCUGGACAUGGACCACACAUAUAUCAGUGAUAGUAUUCUAUUAAGAAUGAAAAAACAAAGACAGAAAGAAGUAAGCAAUCCAGAGGGAGAAAAAAGAGAAAAGGAUACCUUAACAGAAAUAUUUGAUCAGACAACUUAUGAAGAAUAUAAAUCCUAUUUAGAAGAUGACAAUCUUCCAGAAUGUGACUACAAGAAUUCUUCUGAGGAAGAAGGAAAAGAAAAAAGCACUAUACAAAGGGAAAGAGACAAGCAAAAUAAAAUGAAGCAGAAGGCUUUUGUGGAAACAUAUUUUAAAAGUGGUGAAAGAACAAAUCUUGUAUUGGAUUUUCCUCAUAUUGAAGUUGUGCGGAAAAAAGAAGAAAGAAGAAAAUUACCUGGCCACUCUUGUAAAGAAUGUGAAAUAUAUUAUGCAGGUUUGCCAGAAGAAGAGAGAGAAAAAAAACUAGCUACCUGUUCUAGACAUCGAUCUCGCUAUAUUCCUCCUGAAACACCAGAAAAUUUCUGGGAAGUUGGAUUCCCUUCUACACAAAUGUGUGUUGAAAGAGGUUAUAUAAAAGAAGAGUUUGCUCCCUGUCCACGCCCCAAAAGAAGGCAGCCUUAUAACGUGAUGUUUUCUCCAAAAGGCAAAGAACAAAAAAUAUAGGUGGGAAAUGAUUUUUAAAACUAGAAAUUUUUGUUUCAAUUCAUAUUUAUGAUCAAUUGAAAGAUAAAUAAUAAAGAGACCUGGGAAUUAUCUAGUUGUAUUUGAAAAUGAUAGCUUCCUAAUGCAACUAUUUAAUGUAAAGAAUAUAUAUAUUUGUAGAUACAUUUUUGUGUCUUAACUGAUUUUGCACCUUGUGUGUAUUUCUGAUCUUUGGAGGUCUACAUUUAGCUCCCUGCAAUUAAGCUGGUAUAAGUUAGUAUGAUUUCUUUGGGCCAGGCAAAGUUGCAUUUGCUUAUUUCUGGUCUAGAAUAGUUCCAUGAACUUUAGAUGGAACCUUGUAGGGUGCUUCUAUUUUGCACUUGAUAAUUUAAAUAAAGUAUAACCAUUUGUU